ACCAGUCUCUCUCACAGUAGUCACACAGAUCUCGUAUUCUCGUUUUCCUUCAAAAAGCUUCGAUUUUGCUUUCAUGGUGGGUGACCUCUCCUCCUCCUUCACCCUUGCUUGCCCCUAAUUCUCUCACAUAGUAUCGGUUACAAAUCCUAGAUUACAGUCUAUUCUUCCUCUUUCACAAGUAUAGUUCAGUGAAAAUCGGAGAUAUGUCUUCACAAGGCUCCAAAAUGUCCAGACCUUCUUCAAGGAUGCAUAAUCAAUCCCACGGAACAACAACAACAACAACGCCCCCCUCAAGAUCUUCUCUCUCCUCCCAUCUCGCCAUGAUUGAGCUCAAGCAAAGGAUCCUCACUUCUCUCUCUAAGCUUUCAGAUAGAGACACCUACCAGAUCGCCGUUGAAGACCUAGAGAAGAUUAUCCAGGACGUCUCCCCUGAUGCCCUAUCAAUGCUCCUCAAUUGUCUCUGCGACGCCACCAUUGACCCCAAACCCGCCGUUAAGAAGGAAUCCCUCCGCCUCCUCGCCGCACUCACAUCUACCCAUUCCGACUCCACCGCCGCCUAUUUGACCAAGAUUAUCUCCCACAUUGUGAAAAGACUCAAGGAUUCCGAUUAUGGAGUCAGGGAUUCUUGCAGAGACGCUAUUGGGGCACUAUCAGCGCAGUAUCUUAAAGGAGACAACAGUACUGAUAAUGGUGGUCUUGCGUCAGUUGUUACUCUAUUUGUUAAGCCACUGUUCGAGGCAAUGAGCGAACAGAACAAAGGGGUUCAGGCUGGGUCCGCUAUCUGCUUGGCUAAGAUGAUUGAAUCUGCUUCUAAUCCUCCACUUGCUUCAUUUCAGAAGAUUUGUCCAAGGGUCUGCAAACAUCUCAACAAUCCCAACUUCUUAGCCAAAGCAUCAUUGUUGCCUGUCGUUUCAAGCUUGUCUCAGGUUGGUGCUAUUCCAUCUCAGAGCUUGGAACCUCUUCUACAAAGCAUCCAUGAUUGCCUUGGAAGCACGGAAUGGGCAACUCGUAAGGCUGCUGCUGAAACAUUGAUCUGUUUAGCAUCGAACUCCAGCGAUUUGGUAAUGGACACGGCAGCAUCGACUCUGACAGUGCUGGAGGCUUGUCGCUUUGAUAAAAUUAAACCUGUCAGAGAUAGUGUCACGGAAGCACUACAGUUGUGGAAAAAGAUGGUUGGAAAAGGUGGAGAUGGCGCUUCAGAUGAUCAAAAAGCUUCAUCACACGAUAGUGAAACUAGCGAAGCAGCUGCAGCUCAGCCAGGAAUGAAAGACCAGAGUGAAAGAGGAGGUAGUGCGCCAUCAGCUAAGGAUUCAUCCCGUGGAUCAUCUCCUUCAGAUUCCAGUUCCAAGGGAAAGACUGCCAACAUUCUGAACAAAGCAGUUGGGAUAUUGAAAAAGAAGGCACCUACUUUAACCGACAGAGAAUUGAAUCCAGAUUUCUUCCAGAAACUUGAAACAAGAGGUUCCGGUGAUUUUCCUGUAGAGGUUGUUGUGCCUCGCCAGCAUCAGAACCAGUCUAGCACACAGAAACCGGAAGAAUCAGAGGAACUAAUAAGCACGGAGACAAUGAGAAAUAGCAUGCCCAAUGAAGUAACUGCCAAUUCUAGAGUAAGUGCAAUUGGACAUUCGAGACAACAAGACUCCGAUGAUUUUGCACGUGACAAAUUGGGAGAAGAGAGAGAUAACGGUAAAGAUUCUCGAACAAAUUGGUUGGCCAUCCAGAGACAACUGCUACAGCUGGAGAGACAACAAUCUCAUCUUAUGAAUAUGUUGCAGGAUUUCAUGGGUGGGUCUCAUGAUACAAUGUUGACUUUGGAAAGCAGAGUGCGUGGUCUGGAAAGAAUUGUGGAAGACAUGGCAAGAGACCUGUCAAUAUCUUCCUCCGGUCGAAGAGGCUACGAAGGAUCUUCUAGCAGGCUAUCAAGCAAUUACAACGGUUUUCCUCCGGAUUACCCUAGCGGUAAGAUUGGAUGGUCUUGGGGUGAAAGGUUUAGCCAGUCAAGAGGAGGAAGGGCCCCUCCUUCUUGGCGAUCGGAUGGUUCUGAUGCUUGGGAUUUUCACACCCAUGAAAAGAACGGAUCGAAAAGAACCUUAGGAGGAAGAGUUGCACCAAUUGAUGCUAGAUCGCCAAGAUCUGAGCAUGAAAAUGAACAGAUAAGUGGUCGGAGAGGGUGGGAUAAAGGUGCUGGACCAGUUCGGCUGGGUGAAGGUCCUUCUGCAAGGAGUGUAUGGCAAGCUUCAAAGGACGAAGCAACUUUGGAAGCAAUUCGUGUUGCUGGCGAGGAUAAUGUUUCUGGGAGAGGUGGUGUUGGUGGUGGUCCUGUAAUAGCUAUCCCAGAAUUAACUGCAGAAGCUAUGGGGAAUGACGAAAACAACAACAAUGUUCCAGAGAGGGACCCUGUAUGGACUUGUUGGAGUAAUGCAAUGGAUGCACUUCAUAUGGGUGAUAUAGAUUUAGCUUAUAAUGAAGUUUUGUCGACGGGCGAUGACCUUUUGCUUGUCAAGUUAAUGGACAGAACAGGUGCUGUAAUCGAUCAACUCUCUAACGAGGUUGCAAUCGAGGUUUUGCAUGCUGUUGCUCAGUUUCUCCAGGAGCAAAACGUUUUCGACAUCUGCCUUUACUGGAUCCAACAGUUAACAGAUAUGGUGGCUGAAAAUGGACCUGAUGUAUUUGGGAUUCCAGAGGAAGUUAAAAGAGAGGUUUUGGUGAAUCUUCAGGAAGCCGCUUCAACAUUCGAUCCACCCGAGGACUGGGAAGGUGCUGCACCUGAUCAACUGUUUGUGCAGUUAGCAUCAGCAUGGGGUAUUAGUAAGCAACAACAUAAGUAGUAGUUUGUUCCUAUUUGAGGUGUUGCAUUUCCUUGCCAUAUUUCAUUGGUUUUGAAAUUAGGGUUUGUAUCAGUUUGAGUUUGCAAUGUGGGGGAGUAGUCAUCAAUAUAUUGGAAUCUGAUUUGUGUUUUUG